GCCGACAGAAGCCCGCCUCCCGCGGCGCUUCCGGACCCCGGCGUCGCCCCUUUAAGAGCAGCCCCCCGCGGCGCUCCCGCCCCGGUCCCGGCGCGUUAGGCGGGGGAGCCGGGCUGGAGCAGCACGGUCGGCGCGGCCACUGGAGACCGAGCGGCCGGCGGCCAGGCAGACGGUGGCGGCGGCGGAUGGGGACGCGGAGCCGGGCGGCUGCGGCGGCUGUGGCUGUGGCGGCGGCGGGGAAGCAGCUGACGGGCCGGCGGCGGCGGCGGCGCUGGCGGCGGUGACUGGCCCAGGCCCCGGCGGCGGCAGCGACGCGGUGGCAGGCUGCGGGCGGGCGGUGUGAGGAGCGCGGAGCGGCCGGGAACCGGGGCGCCCCCGCCCCCUGUCCUCCAGGCCGCCAGGCCCCCGCCCGCCGGGGCCGUGGAGCGCCGCGCCAGAGGCCGGGGCCCCCCCAUGAAGGAGCGCGACGCGGCCCCGUCCGAGCGGGGCAAGCCGGCCACCUACACCGGGGACAAGAAGGCGAAGAUGGCGGCCAAGACCAACAAGAAGUGGGUCCGGCUCGCCACCGUGUUCGCCUACGUGCUCUCCGUGUCGCUGGCAGCCAUCGUGCUGGCCGUCUACUACAGCCUCAUCUGGCAGCCGGUGGGCGCCGGGACCUCGGGGGGAGCCGCCGGCCCGCCCCCCGGCGGCUCCAACGCCACCGGCCAGUCCGGGACCUCGGGGGCGGCCGCGGGGCCCAACGCCACCGGGUCGUCCCGCCGCGAGGCGCCGCGCGACGCGCCCCCGCUGCAGGCGGCCGGGCCCCCGCCGCCCGAGCCCCCCGCCGACAGCCCCCUGGCCGGGCCGCCGGAGCGGGCGCGGGGGCCGGAGGAGGACGAGGAGGAAGCGGCGGCGCCCGGGAGCCGAUGAAGUCCUCGCACCUGGGCGGCGGGGAGCCGUCCUCCCCGAGCCUGGACGCCGGACUUUGCAGCAGGACGGAGAGCCCGCGGGAGGGACCCUCGCGGAGCGAACGCCCCCUUCCCCGACGAUCGCCGAGUGGUGGGGCGAGUGGCCUGCAGCCCGAUCUUCCGCGGAGGGACCACGAUCGGUCUGGGACUCGGGGGUUCGGUCUUCCCAGGACUGUGCGGCGGCGCGGGUGCCCCCACCCAGGAGGUUUCCGGUGGCACCCUAAGUAUCUGGAUGUGGGCCAGGAAAGAAGGAAGGGAAAGAGCGAUGCCUGCGUGCCUCAGUCUUUGGCCUUCUCACAGUUUUUUAGGAAGAGCGAGCUUUUGUAAGUAGAGUGACUCACAAGUGUUUGUGUUAUCCCCCUCCUUAAAAUCUUGUCUUGGUCCCGUAAUCAUCCCAGCCUUCCCUCUGUCCUGAGCUCGUAGUGACAAUUUAGCCCAGCGAUUAGGAUGAAAUUUGUUGUGAAAUCAGAGCUUUGAACACACCCUCUGGUGCAAAAGAUGGGCUUAAAGCUCAGGAUUGUGCUUUGGUAGCCAGUUCAUAGACGAGCGGUGGCAAGGUUAAAUGGGCUUGUCUUUACCUCGCCUGAUAAACUCCUGUGCUUUUUCUGAGAUGAGAAACAUCAAGGGGAAUGACACUUGGCAGAGCUCUGGGGCAGCAAGAAUUAUACAUCCUCAAUUAGGAUUCCAUUUCCUUCUGCCACUUGCACUAAAAGGCAAUUGAGUGUGGGUAUGACAAGAUACCAAACCCCUUAAUGUUUCCUUUUUGGGAAAUGAGGCACCUUUUUUAAAAAGGGACAAAUUUAGCCACCUGAGCCCUGAAACAGUUUGUCUCUCCAGUUUUCUGGCCUACACUCUAGUUAGCUCUGAUCCAAGGACGCACAGCCUUGCUUUAAGCCAUGUCCUGUUGUGGGCAAGAAAACUGCCGCUGAGCUGUCAUAGCCUGGGGGCAGGCUGGUAGCACCCCCAAGGUGUCUUGCUGGAGGAGAUUUCUGAGCAGCUGACUUGACUUUGGUCAUUAGAAAGCCUCUGAGGCCUUUUAAAUUUUUGGUGGGGACCUAUGGGGGAGAAACAUAAAAUGCCACUUUAUAACUUCAAUAAUAGCCUGUACUUUAUAUUUAUUGUGUGAAUUUUUAGUCCUAUAUUUUAAUAAUUUAUAAAUCGAUCUCUUAUUCCAAGAAUUCUUUGAACUUGCAGGAGAACAUCUGGGAGUCCAACCCCCCUGUCCCCAUCCUGACCCCUGCAUUCUGGACUGUUGGAUCCACUCUGGGAUGGAUCAGAGUCUAGAGAGACCACUCACAGUCCCAACUGCUGGCCUCCUGACUCUAAAGCCUUCACUGGAACUGGGACAUUAGUUCCAGCCCUAGCUGUGAACAUGACCAGAGACAUUAUUUAUAAUUCAGCCAUUUAAGAUAUACCUGUACUCAAAAAAGUCUUGUAUAUUUUUUAAAAGUUUUAUUUUUCAGGUGAACAAAAAUACAUUCUAAGAACUCUA